AUGGAGAGGAGAACAGCAUUUGCAGUUGUACACCCCAUUGUGAUGCUGGUCAUUCUGUGUUCCAUGGUGAUGCGAUCUUCGUGGGAUUGAAACAUGGGGGAAGCUGAAGCAGCGCAACCGGACGAUAAACACGUAGAUUCAGGGGUCUGUCCUGGUGAAGACCCGGUAAUAUGGAGCCAAGAAGUGGAGGUGUGUCUCUUCCACGCCAUGCUGGGCCACAAGCCCGUCGGAGUAAAUCGUCACUUCCAUAUGAUAUGUAUUCGGGAUAAAUUUAGCCAGAACAUUGGAAGACAGGUGUCAUCAAAAGUCAUUUGGGACCAUCUGGGAACAAUGUACGACAUGCAGGCUCUGCAUGAAUCCGAAAUCUUGCCAUUUCCCAACUCUGAAAGGAGUUUUGUUCUACCAGAGGAGAUCAUACAAGAAGUGAAAGAAGGUAAGCUGGUGGCAGACGAUGAAGUCAAGGAAGAGACGAAGGAGGAGAGGGAGCCACCAUCGGCACACGAAGAGGUCUGGGUCCCAGUUUGGCUGGCCAGGAGUUUGAGAGGCAGCAACUCGUCGGUGAAGAUGAGCGAGAAGGCCAGCCACAGAGACAAGGAGAGAGACAGAGAGAAGGCUUCCGGUGACAUCUCGGCCAAGGAUGCGGCAGACAAGCGGAAGAGGAACCGGGCCACUGAGAAGGUGCUCAGUUCCAACAGCAACCCCUCCAGUCCCGGAGGAGCCAAGCGGCGCAGAACGUAGCCAGCGGGGGGCAGCCUGGAGCUAGUGGCACUACUGGCCACAAAGAGGCAGGCAGAAGAUCUGUGAGGCUAGGAGGGGCAGCAAGGCCGACGGCAUGCGGAGAGGCGGAGAACCAUGGGAAGGAUGGUGACGUUGCGCAGGAUGCGCACGGGCGUCUUGAGAAUUAGGUCGCAGGGAUUUCAGGCCCUUGGAGAUGAUGUGUCCACUGAUGUAUGUGAAGCCCACUGGCCUUAGACUGAGAUUCAGUGCACAAGUAGAGUUGGUCAAAUUUUAUAUAGAACUGAGGUUUUAUAUAGAAUUUUUUGCAGGAUACAGUAUGAGCCCCUUGCUGUGUUCAUGUGGGCUUUUGUAGAAAAUAAGUGAGAUGGCCGAAUAAAUGAGUUAAUUGCUCACCAUGUGCCCUCUGCACACCUCAGUGGAAAGGGUUUGAAUAUUCUCACUGUUGCCCCCUUAGGAUAAUUUCAAGAAAUGUGAACGUAAAUUUCAGUGAACGCCUGUCUUUACCAAACUGAAAGAUGGUUGGAGAAUGUGAAGUAAGGAGGUUUUGAUACCACAGUAAUGAUGGAGAAAUCUGUAAUGUCAACAAGACAAUUAGUUAUGCCUUCCAUAUCACUCAUAAACAUACAAUCUUCUUUCAGCCUUGGAACAAAGACACUACUAGAGAUUUAAUCUAUUCGUUAGUGAUGUUACGUCUUUUGUUUUGACAGAUCCCUUUGUGUUUUUUACCCAUGCGAAGUUUCAAUGUGUUAAGGAAAAUGGAAAUGCACGUCGAUGGCCUGUUUAAUAUUAAUGCUGAUACGUGUCUCGUGUUCCUUUGUGAUGGUGAACUUGACUGGUUUUAACCAGAAGCCAGACCUUGUGUUAUGUUGCGUACCUGAUGUUUCACUGUGGUUAGUGUGCAGUGUGCACUUUAGAUGAACUACAUUUAAAAAUAAAAAAAAAAUCCCCAGUUCUAGUGCCUGUUAUAUACGGGGGGAGGGCAGAGUAAUUCUUUCUUAGUAACGGCAUCAUUAUUGUAAAGGUGAGUCAUGUUGGUUUGUAUGUCAAUUAGUGGUAUGUGGCAGCUUUAAAAGAAGUCUGGCAACGAGGCAGAUAGUUUGUGUAUCACUCACAAAAACUGACAUUUUUUGAUGUGUGAAGGGAAAGAGUUUUGAAAAGUGUGACAGCAUAUAUAAAAUAUGGACCAAUAUGGAAUGUAUUGGAAAAAAAGGAACAGCAGUCAGGUCACCAAAUGAGACAGACAGAUUCUCAGUUGAAUAGCUGCAGAACUCCACAGAAGUGAGGCAUUAAAAGUUACCACAGACCUAAAUCAGCACCUCUAUGUCCUGGUCUCAAUAGAAACCAAAUGUGAGCUUCAACAAAGACAGUAUUUCUGGUUUGGCUGCCAUUUGGAAAACGCACAUAGAAGCCAGGCUGAUGCGAAGAGCUCAAACCCUGCAGUCCUGAAGAAUAGAAAAGGGUAAUAUGGUCUGAGGAGUCAUCACUCACCCUUUUUCCUGCUGUCUGGACACGUCUACGUUUGGAAAAAGUCAAAGGAUGACUUGGACCUACGAUGUUUCUUGGUAGGGGCAGCAAUUUUGUGGAGACAAUUUGGCCUGAUCCUCCAUGCUGAUGCAUGAUUGUACACAGGCCAAGGUAUAUGAGGCCAUUCUACGUACAAGUACACUGCACGGCGUAAACACACUCCCUCAUGUUCCCAUACAUACUGCUUACAGAGGUGUCAUGAACACCAUUUUGAAGUAUAAUGCCUCACAUGGCUACCCCUAUAACCAGAUGUGAAUAUCAUGGGAUUAUGGGAAACGUUAUGGGAAUGUUAGGGUGGUGUAUGGCUCUGUAGGUGGGGAAACUGUGAUCAGUAGUUGCCUGGUUGGAAUUCUGUCACCUGGGCAGUGCUGUGUUGUCUUACACAGGCAUGUGUUGUGCUUCUGGAUGUGAACAGACUUUUUUUUUAAUGUUAUCUAAAACCUGAACGAAAAUAUUAUUCAUAACCUGAAACAUGGAUAUGUUUAUAUUCAUGACUUAUUUCGCAAGAGUUUGUGGAAUUCAUUGGACCGUUAUAAAGCAGUGUAAUUUUUCUUUCUCCAUUGCCUGUGAAUAUUUGAUAACAGUCAUUGCUCCCCACCUCAAAUUAUUAAUCAUUUUUUUGUACAUUUCCUUUCUUUUAAUGCUUCUGUAGCCAAUAAAGUAUUUUUUAUUUUGGUACUAGCGAUGAAAUAC